AUGUCUUCCAACGAGUCCAUCUACCUCUCCUCUGAAGACACUCUCGUCGAACGACCUUACGAAGAGACACCCUCCAUUGAGCCCUCUAUUCCCUCGACUCCCAAGAUGUCCAUAGUAGAAGAACGGUCCGUACCAUGGGACACAGACAAAGAACAGGCAGCGCGGGAAGCAGAAGAAGGAUUUAGCAAGUAUCUGGAGGGACUGGACAAGGACGAACGACGACAAGACGAGAUGAUCAGACGACUCACAGAGGACUUCAACAGACCCUCACCUUCCCGCUCUCCCUCCCCACUACCCCUUAUCCGCACAGAGGGCACAGGGAUCAUAUUUCCUGAUAGAGAGACAUACCUGACGACUCCGUCGCUUACAUGA